AUGAGGUUGGAGCUGACACCCGGCCGAACGAGGCACGUUAUGCAGCGAUCUGCAAGGCAAUGUCUGAAGAUGGGGGUUCCCUGGUUGGCAACCGGCUCUUUGGUAAAGAAGGCGUAG